AUGGGAGUUGAUAAUAGCGUGUCAGUGGAGAAGUUUUGCAAAAACUUCAAAAUUGAAAUAAAUCGUCUCACUGAAGAUGAUAUGGAGUUUGAUAUGAUUGGUAUUGAUGCAUCAAUAGCUAAUGCAUUCCGAAGAAUCCUCAUCGCAGAGGUUCCUACUAUGGCAAUUGAGAAAAUAUUCAUGGUUGACAACACCUCAGUUAUAGCAGAUGAGGUUCUUUCACAUAGACUAGGACUUAUUCCACUUCAUGCAGAUCCAAGGCUUUUUGAUUAUAUCUCAGUGAAAUCUAGUGAACUAGAGUGGCUACCAGAAGGUAGCCAAUUAAGCAUGGCAGCCCCUGCGCAGUCUGGGGACAAACAGAAGACUUUCACUUCCUUCAGUCAAAGCCAAAAGGAGAUCUUAGAAAAGCCUCUUGGUGUGAAGUUUAAAGAUAUUACUAUUGCCAGGCUUGGGCCAGGACAGGCUAUUGAGCUCGAGGCACAUGCUGUUAAGGGAGUUGGGAAAGUUCAUGCCAAGUGGUCUCCAGUUGCUACAGCCUGGUACAGAAUGCUCCCUGAGGUUGUUAUUCUCAAAGAAAUUGAAGGUGAUGAUGCAGAGGAGCUAGUAAAGAAGUGCCCAGUUAAUGUUUUUGACAUUGAAGACCUGGGUAAUGGUGGAAAGAGGGCAGUUGCAAAACCAAGGGCAUGCACACUCUGUAGAGAAUGUGUCAUGGGACCAAAUGGGAAUCAAGUCGAACUGCGACGUGUUAGAGACCACUUCAUAUUCACCAUCGAGUCCACCGGAGCUCUGCCCCCAGAGGUGCUGUUCACAGAAGCCGUGAAGAUUUUGGAAGAGAAGUGCGAGAGGGUCAUAUCUGAGCUAUCCUGA